GUAAAAUUUAUAUUGUAUUGGAUAGAUAUUGUCUUGAGACCCAGAAGAUAUGACGACGGCAGCUAGACCUACGUGGGCACCUGCUAAAGGUGGCAAUGAACAAGGUGGAACCCGGAUAUUUGGUCCAUCUCAAAAAUACUCUUCAAGAGACAUUGCAGCUCACACAACAUUAAAGCCCAGAAAGGAAGGACAAGACACCCAGGAUGAGUUGCAGAAGAGGAACCUCCGGGAUGAGUUGGAGGACCGUGAACGGAGGCAUUUCUCUAAAGAUAAGGGUUAUAAUGAUGACAGAGAUCGUCGGAAAGGUAGUCAACUCUUUGUGGAAGGGGCUAAACGAGAGAUUGAAGAUCGUAUUGUUCCACGGAGUGCUGAUGCUGAUGAUGCCGAUGUGGAUGUUAAGAGUGGUGAUGAGAGUGAUGACGAUGACGACGACGACGACGAUGACGAAGAUGAUACAGAAGCUCUCUUGGCAGAGCUUGAACAGAUAAAGAAAGAAAAAGCAGAGGAAAAACUUCGGAAAGAAAGGCUAGAGCAAGAAGAAGAGCUUAAAGUAAAAGAGGCAGAAUUAUUGAGAGGAAACCCUCUGUUAAACAACAACCAGCCAACAACUUUCAGUGUGAAGCGAAGGUGGGAUGAUGAUGUGGUUUUCAAGAACCAAGCUCGCGGUGAAAUGAAGGCAGCUAAGCGCUUCAUCAAUGACACUAUCCGGAAUGACUUUCACAGGAAGUUUCUUCAUAAAUACAUGAAGUGAAACAUGUCUUUGAAAAAUGCUCCAAGAGUUGGCAAAUAUUAUAUGUCCAUUCAUGCUUUUACCAUGCAGUGUACCUUCAACCUAAUCGAAGCAAAUUGAACUGUUUUGUUUUGCUAUUGUAGUGUGUAUGUAAACAAACACUAAAUGACUUCUCAAGUUUUAUGUUACUAUACGUUUUAUGA